GUGCGACCGUCGACACAGCGCAUGCGCCGCGCGUACCGUGAAAAUGGCCGAUGUGAUUUUUGCGCGCGAAACGAAAAAAAUAUUUAUCGAAAGCAAAAGUGAAUUUCAUUUAAACAAAUAAGUUUAAAUUAUCAUUAUUUCUUAUUUUUAGCCAAAGAUUUGUUAGUUUACAAUUAUGAAACGCUUAAAAUGUGCUCACAAUCGGAUUGUUACAAAGUGAUAUUUGUAGUGAUAUUAGUUUUGGUACAGAAUGCUGAUUGUAGAACUGUUAAUAAAUUCAGAAAGGAUAUUGGAGUGCAUAAUGCGUGGAAUAAUUUACAAAGUGUGGAGAAAAAUACGACGAAUAAGGAGCAAGGCAGAGGAUUUUUCUUUGGCGGAGGUCUACUAUCCCUCGGCAAAGUCCUCAACUUCUUCCCAGUGGGAGGAGAGCGGGAGUGCCAGCCGGAGGGCCACAAUAUCGCGAAGGCAGGAAUCUGCAUCAACCAGUACGACUGCCGACAAAGGGACGGCAGAGCUUCAGGGGAUUGUGCGGACGGACUCGGCGUGUGCUGUGUUUUUGAGGUAUCCUGCGGCGGCGCGGUGCAGAAUAACCUGACGUACUUCAUGUCGCCCGGCUUCCCCGAGCUCUGGAGCGGCGAGGAGGACUGCAACAUCACCAUUGAGAAGACACACGCAGGCAUCAUGCAGCUCAGGAUCGACUUCCUACAUUUCACUAUUGGUCAACCGAACAGAACUACUGGAGAUUGUGACGAGGAUGCCAUGAUCUUGGGAGACGGAGACAGCAAGUUCACACUAUGUGGACAAAAUCAUGCACAACACGUAUACUACACGCUAUCAACGGCCAGUGAGAAGCGAGAAGACAGCGACCUUCCCGGCACGAAGACCAUCAACCUGUCGAUGAGGAUGCGAGCUGGAGACAUGCCGCGGAUCUGGCUGAUGAGGCUCGCGCAGAUGCCGUUAGCUUACACCGCGCCUCAUCACUGUCUGCAGUAUUUUACGAAUGAUAAUGGUACAAUAAAGACUUUCAACUACGCUUCCAACGGGCGUCACUUGGCCAGUCAAGACUACAAGGCAUGCAUCAGAAAAAAUACAGGGUUCUGUUCCGUGCGGUACACUCCAUGUGACAGCCGCUCCUUCAGGAUAGGACCUGGUGGUGGAACUCCUCUCGUCAUGGAUCCUGCAGAUAUGGAGCAAGAAGAAAUGAUGCCAGCUGAUGAAACACAGACACAAGAAGAUGAAAUGGAGGGUUCUGGUAAUGAUCCGCAAAUAGAAACUCCAAUGCGAGAGGAGCCCAGUCUCAUCUCUAGGAUCUGGACGUAUAUUUCGUCUUGGAUGUGGGGUCAGGCGAGGUCAUCCAGGUGGUCUCCGUACACGCAGCACUACGGCAGCGAGGAUGACAGGUUCCGGUACUUCGGCUAUGGAAACUAUGGGAUCGGGCUGAUGGGACAUGGGAGACAGCGGUGCGAUGACAGAGUCACUAUUCCAUGUGAAAAUGAAUAUUUUAUUGCGAGCUCGUACUUCGGUGCAGGCGUGUGUGACCCUCAUCAUUGCGGCAACACCUUCUGCCCUGGACAGCAGCGGCGUAACUGUCAUGUGGAGACCUCCAUAACUCCAUUCGCAGUGUCCGUGCAUUUCGGACCUCCCACGGUCAAGAGGAGCCCGGAGGAAAACAUUGGAAUGUGCUUGAGAUACACACAGUUGCCCUGUGACUCUUAAAGUGUGUUUAAAUAGGUAUAAGACAGUGAACAUUUGUGUUUCCAAACUGUAGUUUAGAUCACCUGUGAUUUCAUAUGAAGUUAUAGCUAGUUUUGUCUAUGUAGUGUAUGUAAAUUAGGAUUAUAUUACGUUGUGACUUAUUUUAUCUACCUAAGUAUAACAGCUGACGUGUUUGUAUAUUUGGGCAUUAAUAUUAAGGUCGAGACUACGAUUUACAAUAAUGUGUAAAUAGGAAAAGAUUACAGUCAUAUUUGUUUUUAAAUAUCUCA